AUGGCACAAGAAUCAUCACUCAACACAGCUUCACGGAGAACCAGAAUACUAAACAACCACCUCGUUCAAUCUCCUUCAAAACCCACUUCUUGUCUUCAAUCAAAUUCUUGUUUAAGCUAUACACCGCCAGAACUAACCGAAAGUUUCGAUUUUGACACCAAAGAAAUGAGAAAAAUCCUUGAUUUCCACAACUUGGAGGACAGAGACUGGCUGUUUGGUGUUAUCAAGCAAGGGAGAGUGUUUAAUGGGAAAGACAGAGGUGGGAGGUUGUUCGUAAAUCCUGAUUAUAAUCAGACAAUGGAGCAGCAAAGAGAGAUGACUAUGAAAAGGAUUGAGUAUUUGUUAGAAAGAGGUGCUUUUGAUGGAUGGUUGACCAAAAAAGGGGUUGAAGCUGAAUUGAAGAAGUUGGCUUUGCUUGAAGUUAUUCAGAUUUUUGAUCAUUCUCUAUCUGUUAAGCUUGGCGUUCAUUUCUUUUUAUGGGGUGGUGCUAUCCAGUUUAUGGGCACAAAGCGCCACCAUGACAAGUGGCUAAGAGACACAGAAACUUAUGCAAUCAAAGGUUGCUUUUCUAUGACCGAGUUGGGCCAUGGGAGUAAUGUUCGAGGAAUUGAAACAGUCACAACAUAUGAUUUGAAGACUGGAGAGUUUGUAAUCAAUACUCCUUGUGAAUCAGCUCAGAAAUAUUGGAUUGGUGGGGCUGCAAAUCAUGCAACACACACCAUAGUCUUUUCUCAGCUCAACAUAAAUGGGGUGAAUGAAGGAGUCCACGCCCUGAUAGCCCAGAUCAGGGAUGUAAAUGGAAACAUAUUGCCAAACAUCCGUAUAGCUGAUUGUGGCCACAAAAUUGGUUUGAAUGGUGUUGAUAAUGGUCGAAUCUGGUUUGACAACGUGCGCAUCCCCAGAGAGAACUUGUUGAAUUCGGUUGCUGAUGUUUCACCAGAUGGCCAAUAUCUGAGUGCAAUAAAAGACCCAGAUCAAAGGUUCGCAGCAUUCUUGGCCCCUUUGACAUCUGGUCGCGUAACUAUUGCUACUAGUGCAAUUUACUCCUCUAAGGUUGGCUUGGCAAUUGCUAUUAGGUAUUCAUUGAGUAGGCGGGCAUUUUCUAUUACACCUGAUGGACCUGAAGCCCUUUUGCUUGAUUACCCAAGUCAUCAACGGCGACUCUUGCCUCUUCUUGCUAAGUCAUAUGCUAUGAGUUUUGGAGGAAAUUACUUGAAAAUGAUAUAUGUGAAUAGAACCCCUGAAUCAGCCAAAACUCUUCAUGUUGUUUCAAGUGCGUUCAAGGCUGUCUUCACCUGGCAUAACAUGAGAACCCUCCAGGAAUGCCGUGAAGCUUGUGGAGGACAAGGUUUGAAGACUGAAAAUCUAAUUGGUCAUAUGAAAGGUGAAUUUGAUGUCCAAUCAACUUUUGAGGGGGACAACAAUGUUCUCAUGCGGCAGGUCAGCAAGGCACUCCUUGCAGAAUAUGUAGCAGCAAAGAAGAAAAACAGACCUUUCAAGGGUUUGGGAUUAGAACACUUGAACGGACCCAUCCCUGUAAUUCCAUCCAAUCUGACAAGUACCACCCUCAGGAGCAGCAAAUUCCAGAUGAAUGCUUUCUGCUUGAGGGAGCGAGAUCUUCUGAACCGUUUUGCAGCAGAAGUGUCACUUUAUCAAUCAAAGGGUGAAAGUAAAGAGAGUGCAUUUAUUCUGAGUUAUCAACUUGCAGAAGACUUGGGCAGAGCUUUCUCAGACAGAGCUAUUCUGCAGACCUUCACUGAUGCUGAGGCAAAUGUAUCUGCUGGUUCCUUGAAGAAUGUCCUGGGUCUGUUGAGAUCCAUGUAUGCCUUAAUCUGUUUGGAAGAAGAAGCUGCAUUUCUCCGGUAUGGUUACUUAUCGACAGACAACGCUGCUGCUGUGAGGACCGAAGUGACAAAACUCUGUGGAGAAUUACGACCACAUGCACUUGCAUUGGUCAGUUCCCUCGGCAUUCCUGAUGCCUUUCUGAGCCCCAUAGCAUUUAAUUGGAUCGAUGCGAAUUCAUGGUCUUCAGUAAAAUACUAG